UUUUGGUCCAUUUGCUAGAAAAUAUUUGGGUUUAUAACCCCAAAUGUUUUGGUCUGGUUUGGUGGUGUUGGCAGUUUGGGAGGCCUGUGUUUCUGGUUCUCUGUUAUUUCACAGGAAAAAGAAGGAAUUCCCUGACUUUCUGGGCUGGUGUGAGGACCUGGUGGGUGGGUUAGACUCUGAGGGUUUCAUCCUCGGGUGGGUUAAACCUCCCCUGUGCAGGGAGGCUCAGCACCUGCCUUUUAGCACGGGAUGGAAAGUUGCAUCACAAAAUAAAAUAUAAACAACAACAACAACAAAAAAGGAAAAUAUGUGAUUUCUGUCCAAAAUAGUAUGAAAGUAGAAGCAGGAGUGAAGUGUAUGAUACAUGGAAAUGAGCUGUAUGUGGAGGAGAGGAUAGUGAAGGACUGGGAGGCUGAUGAAGAGCAGAAGGCAGGACAACACUGGAAACCACCUACAAGAAAACAAGAGAAGAAACCUCAUGGGCUCACCGAGCCCCUGGGAUGAGGAACAAAGCAGCCGGCUCCAGCCCUUCGCCCCGUGCCCUGGAGAAGCCUCAACACCAUCGGCCACCCCUCCUCCAUGGCAGGAGGUCCCCGCGGGCGGGCGGCUGGGUGGCAGAACGGCAGACAAAGGUCUGACGCGUUUCCAUCCUGUACCAAGGGCCGCCAGUGCCUUUGUUUUGGGCAAAGGUUUGAACAGGUUUUGACAAACACAGAUAACACUUCACCACGGUGAUGUUUGGGUCACUCCCCUCUGCUGUGAUAAGAGCUGGCCUCUUAUCAGAUGGCAACACUUUGACCUUGCUAUCGAAGGUGUGUGUUGCUCUAUUCUCACCUGAGCGCCCCGUUAAGGGCACAAACUCCUCAAAAUCCUCAUGGGCCAAAAUACAAAGGAACCCUUGAAGCUGGGAGGCGUGCGUGGUCGUAAUGGAAAAUGGAAGUCAGCAGAUAAAGGGAGGGUCACUGCUGGGUAUAAAGCUGGGGAGUCUGGGCAGCUCAGCCCAUCUGCUGCGGUCUCCAGGAGGGUGUGCGUGGAGCGGUGGACAAUCCUGCAACCAUGAAGUGGCUCGUCCUGGCCCUGAUGUGCCUCCAGCUCUCGGAGGGACUCGUGAGAAUCAAACUGAAGAAAGCCUUGUCUAUACGGGAGAAAAUGAGGGAGGCUGGAGUGCUGGAUGAAUACUUGAAGAAGAUUCGUUAUGAUCCAGUCAAGAAAUACCGCUUCAGUGACGACUAUGUUGUGUCUGAGCCCAUGACCAACCACCUGGAUUCCUCUUACUUCGGGGAGAUCAGCAUCGGGACCCCCCCACAAAACUUCUUGGUGCUCUUCGACACCGGCUCCUCCAACCUGUGGGUGCCCUCCACCUACUGCCAGACGCCGGCGUGCCUCAAUCACACGAAGUUUGAUCCCAGCGAGUCCUCCACCUUCACCUCCAACGGCCAGACCUACACGCUCUCCUACGGCAGCGGCGCGCUCACGGUGGUGCUGGGCUACGACACGCUGACGAUCCAGAGCAUCGUGGUCACAAACCAGGAGUUUGGGCUCAGUGAGAACGAGCCAACCCAGCCUUUCUACUAUGCCGAUUUUGAUGGGAUCAUGGGAAUGGCCUACCCCUCGCUGGCGGUGGGAGGGACGCCCACUGCACUGCAGGGCAUGCUGCAGCAGAACCAGCUCACCGAGCCCAUCUUCAGCUUCUACUUCUCCCGCCAACCCACCUACGAAUACGGAGGAGAACUCGUUCUCGGAGGGGUUGACUCUCAGCUCUACGUUGGGGACAUUGUGUGGGCCCCGGUGACCCAGGAGCUUUACUGGCAGGUCGCCAUUGAUGAGUUUGCUAUCGGACAGACAGUGACCGGCUGGUGCAGCCAGGGAUGCCAGGCCAUCGUGGACACGGGGACGUUCCUGCUGACGGUGCCCCAGGAGUAUUUAGGCAGCUUCCUUCAGGCCCUGGGUGCCCAGCAGACCAGCUAUGGUUAUGCAGUUGACUGCAGUGAGGUCCAGAACUUGCCCACCAUCACCUUCGUCAUCAACGGAGCUGAGCUCCCACUGCCCCCCUCCGCCUACAUCAUGAACAGCAACGGCUACUGCACUGUCGGGGUUGAGGUCACCUACCUGCCUUCCCAGAACGGGCAGCCGCUCUGGAUCUUGGGUGAUGUCUUCCUCAAGGAGUAUUACACCAUCUUUGACAUGGGUAACAACCGCAUCGGCUUCGCCUCGUCGGCGUAGAGGAGUGAAGCAGCAAAAUCCAGCCCUUCUCCUGGCUAAACACACCUCAGCCAGCACUGCUGGAGCACUACAAGGUUCCUACGGACCUUUAUGUUCCUUUACGUGCCUGCUUGACUCCCUAUUUCCCCCAGGAUCUCUGUGUAAGGGCAUCCUCACAGUCGCCCGUU